CUACAACUUGUAUAUAUCUGUGGUUAAUUUUUUGAUCGUAGUUUAGUUUAGUGUUCUGUGAUCUGUCUCUACCUCUAAUAUUUCUUUUCAUUGUCAAGCAAAAUGGCGGAUCAGACCGAACGCUCAUUUCAAAAGCAACCGACUGUCUUCUUGAACCGUAAGAAAGGCAUCGGUGUGAAAAGGAGCCGAAAACCACUGAGAUACCACAAAGACGUGGGCCUCGGUUUCAAAACACCGAGAGAGGCGAUUGAAGGUACAUACAUUGACAAGAAGUGCCCUUUCACUGGUAAUGUAUCGAUCCGUGGUCGUAUCCUUACUGGAGUCGUGCAGAAAAUGAAAAUGCAACGGACGAUUGUCAUCCGUCGUGAUUACUUGCACUAUCUCCCAAAAUACAAUAGAUUUGAGAAGCGUCACAGGAAUAUGUCAGUACAUCUGUCACCGUGCUUCAGAGACGUUGAGCAAGGAGACAUCGUAACAAUUGGAGAGUGCAGGCCACUGUCCAAGACUGUAAGAUUCAACGUGCUUAAGGUUUCCAAGGGCAAGGGAUCCAAGAAAUCCUUCAAAAAAUUCUAAUUUAAUAAAAAUACUUCAUAAGUA